AUGGCGGUCUCCCGAUCGAAUUUAUCGCUCUUAGCGUGUUUUUUACUACUUUCAUUUUCUACCAUCGUAGAAACACAAAAUGAGGACAGCGGUAAAGUCAAAGAGAAGGAAGCUGCCGAGAAAGAGAAGAAAUACAGUGCGAUCCACACAGCAUUCCUACUUGUUAUGAUGUUUUUGUUGAUUAUCACUGUGCUAACUGUGUGGAUUUUUAAAGUUAAGCGUUGGCGCUUUCUGCACGAGACAGGAUUUUGUAUGAUAUACGGUCUGGUAAUUGGCUUUCUCAUAAAAUAUCUUAGUGGAAAUAAGAGAGUGGCAGUUACUCACUCAAACUGUACCAUAAGUUCUGCAGCAAAGAAGCUGUAUAUCAGCACUCCAAAUGGUUCACUGUAUUCAUGUACGUUGUCUGGAGCAGUGCAGAAUUCUGGCGCUGAUCAGGGAAGUGAGCUGAAUCAGAUGGCUGUAUUUGAUCCUGAAAUAUUUUUCUAUGUUCUACUGCCACCAAUUAUUUUCUAUGCUGGAUAUGACAUGAAAAAGCGCUUUUUCUUCCGGAACAUUGGCGCCAUCCUUACAUACGCAUUUGUUGGAACAACCAUCUCGUGCAUGGUGUUUGGGGGGACAAUGUAUGCCUACACAAUGAUUGAUUCUCAUCAUAUAGACAAAAAUUUUGAUUUCCUGGAAUGCCUCUUGUUUGGAGCUCUGAUAUCAGCCACAGAUCCAGUAACAGUGCUGGCCAUUUUUCAUGACCUGCAUGUGGAUGUGGAUCUGUAUGCUUUGGUGUUUGGUGAAAGUGUUAUGAAUGAUGCCGUGGCAAUUGUUCUCUUCAGAUCUGUGGAGACAUAUCUGUUGGACAGCACAGGCACUGGAUUUCAAGUUGAUAAGUUCUUUGAGUCAGUGGGUGUCUUCAUUGGUGUUUUCUCGGGGUCUUUCUUUCUUGGUUUUGCUAUGGGUCUUGUUACUGCUCUUGUGACAAAACUCACCAAAAUCUCAGACUUUCCUCUCUUAGAGACGGCUUUGUUCUUCCUACUUUCAUGGACCACAUUCCUCAUGGCAGAGGCAGCCAAUCUAACAGGGAUUGUUACAGUUCUUUCUUGUGGAAUAUCUCAAGCUCAUUACACAUAUAACAAUUUGUCAGAGGAGUCAAAACAGAACACAAAACAGGCGUUUGCACUCUUAAAUUUUCUAGCGGAGAGUUUUAUAUUUUCAUACAUGGGGUUAUCUCUCUUCACCUUUCAACAUCACCAGUGGAAUGUUAGAUUUAUAUCAGUCACAUUUCUUGCCAUGACUUUGGGAAGGCUUUUAAACGUUUAUCCAUUGUCGUUUUUACUUAAUAUGGGAAGGCACAGAAAGAUUAGUUACAAAUUUCAGCAUAUGAUGGUGUUUGCAGGUUUGCGAGGUGCCGUUGCAUUCGCUUUGGCCAUGCGCAACACGGUAUCAGUUCCUCGUCAGAUGAUGUUGACGUCAGUACUAAUUGUGGUUUUUGUAACUGUUAUUUUCAAUGGAAGUGCUACCAUGUGGGUACUCUCACUUUUGAAGAUAAGAGUUGGCGUAGAUCCUGAAGAAGAAGAUAAGGGGUCUACCUAUGUUUCGGUGAGCACUGAAAUAGAUGACAAUCGUAGAUCUGCGCAGUCUCAUUACGAAAGAGCUUGGAUCUUUAGAAUGUGGUAUGACUUUGAUGUGAAGUAUAUGAAACCUAUUUUUACCAACUAUGGCCAGCCUCUGACAGAGACUUUACCGGGAUGGUGCGGUCCUCUUGUAAGAUUCCUCUCAAGAUCGCGGCCUGAUGCAAAGGCAGAAACAGAACUGAGUUUUACCGACGAAGAUACGGUCAGACUUGCCAGCGGCAUUGUGAAAAGUGGUGAGCCGCCUGAUCAGAUAAUGGAAGGAGAUGUUGAAUUAGGUGCUGUGCAAAUGACAAGCAGAGCAUAAAUCAUUUUCAUCAAACCGAAGGUUUCUGUAGGUAUUUAGUUGCUAGUUGCUCGGUCUGGUCAGGUAGUUGUGACAGGAUGUCGACUUAAAGGAGAGCUUAAAAGAGAGCUUAAAAGCUGUCUCUAUUACUGUGAAAAUCUUUGAUUGUAAGCUAGCUGUCUUUAAUUGUUAAAUUGUAAGUAAUAAGAGUGUUUGGAAUACGCGCAUUGGUCAAUCAAGGCCAAUUAAUUGGUUCGGUCUUACAUAGUCUUGUAAAAGUUUAAAAGAUUCCGCUCUUCGUGAUUAGUGUUAUAUCGUUAUUGACUUUCUAUCGUUAUUGACACUCUGAUUGCAGUUUUUUUUUACCCCUUUAUUGAAUGUACAAUUUUGAAAUAGUCUUUCCUCUCGUAACACUUUAUUGGAGAGGAAUAAUGUCUUUAUGGUUUGAAAACAUGUUAAGUUCAAAGCCGCAUGAGAAGUGGAUUUUUUUUACAAUGUUAAUUUGCUAAUUUGCUAUAAUUAAAUUUAAUUUCAAUUAUGUUGUUGAAUAAA